CAUGUCGUUUAAUCCGGAAACGGCGGCGGCAGCAGAGGCUACCGAACCGAGGGGCUGUCGUUGUGGGGGCCCAAGGCUUCGGAAAGAAAGGGGCGUGACCCGGAAGCGGAAGCCCAUCGCUCUCUCGGCUCCGCUAGGUCUGACGUCUGCCUCAGAUCUGCUGGUGGAGUCCUACCACUAUGGACCUGUUGUUUGGGCGUCGGAAGACGCCAGAAGAACUACUUCGGCAAAACCAGAGAGCCCUGAACCGAGCCAUGAGGGAGCUGGACAGGGAGCGGCAGAAGCUAGAAACCCAAGAAAAGAAAAUCAUUGCAGACAUCAAAAAGAUGGCAAAGCAAGGCCAGAUGGACGCUGUUCGAAUCAUGGCGAAAGACCUGGUUCGUACCCGGAGAUAUGUUCGCAAGUUUGUGCUGAUGCGGGCCAACAUCCAGGCUGUGUCCCUCAAGAUACAGACUCUAAAAUCCAACAACUCAAUGGCACAAGCCAUGAAGGGUGUUACUAAGGCCAUGGGCACCAUGAACAGACAGCUCAAAUUACCCCAGAUUCAGAAGAUCAUGAUGGAGUUUGAACGGCAGGCAGAGAUCAUGGAUAUGAAGGAAGAAAUGAUGAAUGAUGCCAUCGAUGAUGCCAUGGGUGAUGAGGAGGACGAAGAGGAGAGUGAUGCUGUUGUGUCCCAAGUCCUGGAUGAGCUGGGACUGAGCCUCACAGAUGAGCUAUCAAACCUCCCCUCCACUGGUGGCUCACUCAGUGUGGCUGCUGGUGGGAAGAAAGCAGAGGCCACAGCCUCAGCCCUGGCUGAUGCUGAUGCAGACCUGGAAGAGAGGCUCAAGAACCUUCGCAGGGACUGAACAACUCUCCUCCAAAGGACGGACUCUAUGCCCAGGGCUUUCACCCUGUCCCCUCCACAAUAAAAAAAUUUGGACAUGA